AUGGGGAGAGUAACAUUUUGGGCCAUCUCUGUCAUCUUUCAUAGCCUUCACCCCAUGAAGAAGAUGGAGAUUAGUAAAUGGCAGAUUGGGAAGGUCCCCCAAAUAAACCUAACUGAGCACUGGGCUGCUCCUCAGCAAUCCAGGAAAAAUCCAAAAUAUGGCAUUGGGGAACCAGGAAACAGAACCUUGCUUGAUGACACUAUUUCUGAUCGUGAGAACAAAGAUGUGGUUAAAACCCUUUCUGAAACAUCACUCAAAAUCCAGAGCUUUUCUCAGUCUUCCUUUUCAUCAUCAGCACCUGACCCAAAGGAAGAAGCAACCCAGGCAGCAAUCAGAAAAGAAGAAAAUGGGACUUGUGUUUUUAAAAAUGCCUCACAGGAGCAAACAAAUGACAAAUUGAUGCAUGUUCACAAAGGGUACAAAGAUUAUAAAAGUGGUGUGUUGUCUGCCCCGGGAUUAGGAGAAGAUGCUGAAUCAUUACCUUGGGAUUCCGAGGUAUUGUCUAUUGUUUAUAACUAUUUUUAAAAUAAGCAUUAAGUGAGACUUAAGUAUGAAGGAGAAUAAUUGGACUUUACUUGCUCACCUCUGCAUGUGCCUGUAAGAAAUUAUUUCCUCACAUUUUUUAACCCGUAGUUAAUAAAGUAAUCCCCUGGACAAGAUGGCACGUGUCUAUAAUCCCAGCACUCUGGGAGGCUGAAGCAGGAGGAUCCCAACCUCAAACCCUGGACAGUUUAGCAAUUUAAUAAGACUGUGUUUCAAAAAGUAAAAGGACUAGGGUUGUAGCUCAGUAUGGAGGCUCUGGUUUUAAUACCCUGUAGUGCAGAUGAAGGAAUGAAUGAAGUCUAAGUACAGUACUGCUACAUAGUACAUUUCUGCUAAUUUGUAGGAUUCAUUUAAUGAAGCCAGUGCAGUUAGAAAUUAAGGCUUAGAUGUCACAAACAGUCAGCUUGGAUUCUGACAUUGAGUUGAUGUAAAAACUAAAGAAUUAUUCCAAAUCAGCCUAUGGCUAGUGAAAUUCAGAGAAAAUGUUUGGAUCAUAAUUUUUACAGCUUGUAACUUAAAAAGUUAAUGAGUGGGAAUUGAAAGUGUUAGUAUACUUGGAUUGCCAACUAUUAUGGUUUGGGUCUGGAUGUCCCCCACAAAGCUUCAUUAGGCCCGAGGUAACUGAAUCUGGAAUGUGUGAUGUUGGGAUCAAGGGCACGUGAUUCCUAAAGCGCCACAUGUGAGUGGUUUAGCACCGCCCUAAUCUCGGGUAGUCUGACUGGGAUAAAAGGCAGAAAGAUGCGGUGAAGGUCCCUUGUUGCUUUUGCUACCUUGUGGCUUCCAUGUUGUUUCUCUUUUGUGAUGCCUGUUGGCCAUCCCUGCCUUGGAGCCAGCCAGCUAUGGACUGAAACCUCUACAAACUGUGCGCAAAAUAAGCCCCUUCCCCUCUAACUUUGGGUGUCGGGUAUUUUGUCUCAGCAAUGAGAGAAAAGUAACUGACACAGCAAGUAUAGAUCCGCAAGGAACAGUUCAGGAGAAGGAAGAGAUUGGGGAAUUGUAAAUACAUAGGAUUAUAGUCACAGUUGGGUUUUGUCAUGUUUUAAAAAGCUGAAACCAGUUUUGAAUGUGGAAUGCAUUGAGUGCCCCCUUUAUGGCAGCCAUGCCUGUAGUGACAAAAGUGUAACUAAUGACAGCUUACUUUAAGAGGACCAUUGUGGGGAAGGCCUGAUCUCUCAGGUGUGAGCAGCUGCUGUAUAUCGCCUGACGAGGCUCGAGAAUUUUGCGGGGGUUUGUAGUUAGGCUAGGAAAGAGAGUGAAUUGCUGUCAAAUUAAGGACGAGGAGAAGCCAGGCGUGUCCGAGUGUAGGAGGACAUAUUCUGGACAGAGAGCAGUGAGUCACAUCUGUCCAUCGUUUUCACGUCCUAGAGUGAGCAGGAAGCAGGAAGUACAGUAACUGUCGUCGUAAUCACUUACAGAAAAGACAGUGUAUAAAUAAGUACUUGGUACAUUUUAGACAUGUAAGAAAAGUUCUUAUGCUCCCCUUUUCAUUAAGGUUUUUUAUACUUUUUUGAAGUUCUUAAUUUUUAAAGAGUUGCAUGUAGUGUCUAAGAAUUGUGUGCUAUUAUUUGAGUGUAACAUAAACUUAUUAGUAGUACAUUUAUAUUUUCGUCCAUUUUUCCUAUCAGUAAAAUUUUUACCAAAAACAUUAGAUUUUUUUUCUGAAGCCCUUGUUUGUAUAAAUGGAGCAGCUUCUAUAAUGUUUCUGCUCAAUGUGAAACACUGAAGUUUCUCUGCUUGCCAAGUAUUUUAACACUAAAAUGACUUCUGUGAUUAGAAAUAUUUAAGGCUGAAUUAUAGCAAAUGUAGUUACAAGAAUCUGUUUAAUCAGUGAAGGGAAAGGGACAGUAGGUGGUAAAGAGAGUGAAGGAGAUCAAGAA